AUGACGGGGCAGUCUAGAAUUGACACGUCACUGAACUACUCUACUACACAGAGUCAAGGAUUAUCUAUGAUUUCAGGUCAUGUAAUGCUCCGUAGAAAGCAAUUGUGGGUUCGUCGUUUCGCUUCGAUAGAUUUGAAAAAUUCCAGAGUCUAUGUUAUCCAAGGACCUACACAAGAGGAGAGAGUGAUGUCAAUUUCUUAAGAAAAUGGAGUCGAAAUCUAUUUGGCUUUAGAAAGCGCACAAGUUUUCGAUAAAUGGCUGAUUGUUAUAAAAAAUAAUAUGAACUCAGACUAAUUCAAUCAAACUGACUUCAACUUAGAGCUGAGAUAGAGCUAGCAGACUGAGAAUAAUUAAAGAUCAAUGCUGGUGGGCCAGGGUAGUAACAUUCAAAGAUAUAACACAGAAACUAAUGGAAAGAUAAACAAGCUAUAGUCUUAGUAAUCUGAUAUCUCUGACAUUAGCUUGACUAAGAGUUAGAAAACAGUCGCCAGCAAAUUCACUUUGGAUCUUAGUCUGGAACAAGUAUAAACUUAAGGCCCUAAAUAGAGAUUAGACACUUAUGAGAAAAGAUAUUGGUUCCUAAUAGAUGGAAAGGACAGUUGCUUGGCUUAUUCAGCAGGUAAAAAGGUAUCAAUAUCUUCAUAAGAUAGGAUCCUCGAUGCUAUUAAGCAGAUGGAUAUCUUGAGAAGCAGAGAAUAUAUUCUGAACAAGUAAAAUAUGAUUACUAUUAUGGUCCUCUACCUGAUCCUUCUUGCUGUUGAUUACCUUGUCCUUUUUGAACCUAUCCUACCAGUGAGGAUUGUCAAUGCUAUAAAGCUAGUGGCUGGAUUCGGUAUAAUAGCUAUUAUAUCCUAGAUAUUUAUGUAGCUUAGAAGAGCUCCUUCGAAUUCAAUAGAGACAAAGAUCCAACUUCAAGAAACCUUUGAAUUGAAAGCAGUUACUCAGCUUAUUGCCACUCCAGAUGAAGUUGUUAACUCAUUGAUUGAUGAUAAACUGAGAUUGAAGUGGGAUGUAAGAGCAAAAACUGUGCAAAAAAUGAAUGAAAAAUAAGAUGUCAUUAAAGUUGAAUAUGAUGACGGCAGAAGUGAGGUGUCAAGAUUCGAAUAUUUCUAGGAAAAUGAUAGAUACAUCAUCUAGGAAUAUGUUAAUGCUGACUUUUAUAGAUACUAUAUCCUGGAAUCAGUAGAAAACAGACUCUAUCAGUUAAGAAUAACUAUGUAUACUAUGGUGAACCCAUAAAUGUUCUAUAUAAGAGGCAAAGAAGUUUACAGAUGCUUAUCUAAUCUAAGAACUUUUACACAGUAAUAAAAUAGAUUAGGAUAAACAUCAAUCUCUCUUGGGAAAGGAGUUCAAAGCAAUUAAUAAGUAAAGUUAGACAUGACUAAGGAUAAUAUGCCUGUUGUUAACAACUUCAUAGCUGAUGAGGAAUCUGAUGUUUAGUCUGAAUCUGAAAAGACUAUAAAGAAAUAAGACAGCAAUCUCUAACAAUCAGACAUUUAAAAUCAAGACUCACUAAAGCAAAAAUAUUUGGACUAGGCGAUGACUUUCUAUGAUAAAUAUGUCGCAGCUCUUAAUCUUCCAGACUGGAAGGUCUUAACAGAAGAUAAGAAGCAAGGUGUGACUAUUUGGCAAAGAAAUUAAGAUGGACUUAAAGCUAUGAAAGCAGAGGCCUAUAUUGAUAGAACUCCAGAAGAGAUCUUCAAGGUAAUUGGUGAUCUCUCCUUAAGAAAGGAUUACGAUGAUACUUAUGACGAUGGAUGGUGUUUAGAUACUAUUGCUCAUUAGACCUUCAUCCAAUACUAGAGAACUAAAAAAAUAGCAGUUGUCAGUGCAAGAGAUUUUAUCUAUAUACUUCAUGUGAAUAAGAGACCAGAUGGCAUUUUAUAUGCUAUGGUAAACUCAGUUGACAGAGAUGACUUAUUGGCACCACAGAAAAGUGUAGUCAGAGGUUUCCUUGAUCUUGGAGGAUGGAGAUUGGUACCAUCACCUGAUAACCCUAGAAGAACUCUCUGCUAGUUCCAAGCCCUAAUGGAUCUCAAGGGAAGCAUUCCAGGAUUUGUGCUUACCUAAGCCAAUAAAGAUUUGGGAUUUUAGAUUGCAAAGCUUGCUAAAGUGGUAGAGAAAUACUACCAAGGAAAAUGA